AUGUCUUGCACACUGUGGGGUACGACCAUUCCCGGCUGGGCCACCGACUAUGUGAUCCUGCUGGUAUGCAUCGUGUGCUGUGUGGUGGCAGCCAUGCAACGGCGGAGUGGCAGCGGUCUCUUCUUCCUCCUGAUGAUCUCGACGGGUUUGGGUUUUGGCGUGGGUGGAGUGUCACACAUGUUGCUCUUCUUCGUGGAGAAAGAAGGAGAGUUCUGCGGCUCCACAUGGUCCGAAGAGAACAAUGAGUGGAUGUAUGCAUGGCUCGUGGCCCUGCUGGUGACGCCCUUCUCUCCAGCGGCCUUGGCCAGCAUGGCCGUGAAGAAUGCUCAAUACCGAUGGUCUUGGAUGGUGAUCCUCACUCUUUUCCUACUCGCUUUGAUCCUGGCAGUGGUCGAAGCGGCACUCUUCCUUGCUUUAGAGCUGGAAUUAUCAGGAAUGAUGACCGGAUUUUGGAUCAUGAUCUCUUCAGCCUUCACGGUGCUCGUCCUCCUCGUGGACGUCUGGCAGAACGGCUUCCGCUGGCAAAUCGCCUACGGCGUUGUCAGUGCCGGCAUGUACAUCAACGGAAGCCUUACAUUGCUGCUCUUGUCGGGCGUUCUUCCAGUUGCCUUCAAUGCCAACGCGCUCUUUCAUGUCUUCGUGAUCUUGAUGGUCACGCGCAGUGGCAGUGGGAAGCUGCGGAACAAGGCGAGGAGCGGCGAGUCCACGAAGGAAGUGGAUAUGGGUUCGACGUGGGGAGGCAAGGCAGCGAAUCAGCUGCGCCAGCGCCUGCAGAUGGCUGAGGAGAAGCUAUUAGAGGCGGUCCGAGAGAACAGGGCAGAAGCAGAGGCCAGCUUCUUAUUGGCCGAAUCCCGGAAGCAGCUGGCCACUCUGGAAGAUGGCAAGAGAUCCUUGAUGGAAGGCCUGCAGCCGCCCGAUGUGGAAGUGCAUCGAUUCAAGGCAGAGCUGCAGCGUUGGGAGGCCCAGCCCGCUCAGGCCCCGGAGGUGAUCUUCACAAAGCUCGAGAGAUGGAGCUGGUGGCGCCUGGGACGGAGUGACACGGAGCUCGGAUGGAGCAAGUCCAACACCUGGAACAAGCUGGAGUCCAACCCACAGGACGAGGAGGUGGAAUCCAGAUCACAGCCCCUGGGCGAAACUUCUUUGUACGCGGAGGCGGAGGCGGGCACUCUUCGAAAGCUGCAGCUGGAGUACGCGGAGCUUUUGGCAGGUGCUAGUCCUAUGAUUCAGGAUGAACACCGUGAUCCAAGGUACUUCUCAGAGACUUUUGGCAGUGGAUGGGAGGACCGAUGGACCUCCAGUGAAUGGAAGAAAAGCGACGGGACACAAGGAACCUGGAAGCUUUCAGCUGGCAAGUUGUACAAGGAUGAGGCGGAGGACCAAGGCAUUCAGACGGCGGAGGACUCGCGCUUCUUUGGUCUCUCUGCGGGCUUUGAGUCCUUCAGCAACGAAGGCAAGGAGCUCAUUAUCCAGUAUCAAGCCAAGUACGAGAAGGACAUCGAGUGUGGCGGCGGCUACGUGAAGGUGGGCCCCAAGCUCAGCGAUCCCAAGGCCUUUGGCGAUCCGACUGCUUACAACAUCAUGUUCGGCCCCGACAAGUGCGGCUACACCAAGCGUACUCACUUGAUCUUCAACUACAAAGGCAAGAACGUGUUGAAGAAGUCCGACUUAGCCUAUAAGCAGGAGGGUGAGGGCACCUCCCAUGUCUACAGGCUAGUGCUCAAGCCGGACAGCACCUGCCGAGUAGAGAUCGAUGGUGAGAAGAUCUACGAAGGAUCCUUGAAGGAGGAUUGGGAGUUGUUGGCUCCCAAAGAGAUCAAAGAUCCGGACGACAAGAAGCCCAGCGAUUGGGUAGAUGAUAGCAUGAUGGAUGACCCAGAGGACAAGAAGCCUGCAGAUUGGGUCGAGGAGAAAAGGAUCGUGGAUUCCAAGGCCAAGAAGCCAGACGAUUGGGAUGAUGAGGAAGAUGGCGAGUGGGAAGCACCCAUGAUCGACAACCCUGACUACAAGGGUGAGUGGACGGUGAAGCGGAUCUCCAACCCAGCCUACAAAGGUAUUUGGGAGGCCAAGAAGAUCGCCAACCCCGACUUCGUGGAUGACGACAGCCUCUACAAAUAUCAGGACUUUGGCUUCAUCGGAUUUGAUCUGUGGCAGGUCAAAGGGAAUACCAUUUUCGACAACGUCAUCAUCACCGACGAGGUGGCAGAGGCAGACAAGUUCCUCCAGAAGUGGAAGGCCUUGAGUGAGGUGGAGAAGGCCAAGAAGAAGGAAGAGGAUGAUGCCAAGGCAGAGGAGGCGAAGAAGGCGGCAGACUCCAAGGAUGAAGAUGACGACGAUGACUCGGAGGAGGAAUGA